AUGCCUCGAUACUCAUUCGAGUCCGAAGGCGACGAAAGGGAGGCCUUCAACACCAACUCUUCCCCAGAACAACGUCCACUGCAGCACCAGCAGACAUCACCCACAAUGUCUCAAUACCCUCCAGCUGCCGGCUCAAGACGCUACGAGCAGCCUCGAUACGAAGACUCGCCCAGUCGACAGGCCAUGCCCGGGGCGCACCCAGACUCUGCAUUUUCUCAGAUGCGCGCAAACAGGAGGUCAAGUAGGGAGGGCAUGCCACCACCAAACUCGAGUCGAACACCUUACAUGGCCGCCGGCGCUGCCGCAGGCUUCGGUGCAGGAGCAGCGUCAACAAUGUCGCCGCCUAGUUAUGUUCAAUCACCUGUACCUCCACAAGCCCAAGGCCAGUGGAGGCCGGACCCAGACUACUACGCUCCACCACAGAGCAACAUCACCCCAGGUGCGGACAACUUCAGUGAGGCGGCUGCCGGGGGAGUUGCGGGCAUUGCUUACGGUGUAGCAGAACAAAAUCCAAGAGAGAGCGGGCUCGACGCCAUGAGGGGCCCCAACUACCCCCAACAAACCUACCAAGCACAAGACCCGUACGGACGAGGUAACAACGAUUAUGGGAUGCAUGAUCCACAAGCAAGUCUGCGGCCAGGACCAGCAGCAUACACUGGCGACCACCCCGGCGACCGCGCCUCACAGUCCAGUUCGCAGGGCCUGAACACCGCCGCAGUGCCAAUGGCCCAGUCUUCGCCGGGAUACAGGUCAAGAAGUCCAGGCUACGGCCCCGGAUCCUACCGCGACGACCCCUACCAGGGCUAUUCAGUACACAGCCGCGCCAACUUGGGCACUGUCGACCCCAACGAGAUCCUCGACGACGGCGACGAUGGGCUCGAAUACAACCAGAGAGGGGCCCGGCAUAGCAUGCUGAGUCUCGGGAACUCGAGCAAUCGAAGUGGUCACCACGGGGCUGCAGCAGCAGCAGGCGGGGCGACCGCGGGCGCCGGCGUGAUGGGGGCCAUUGGCGGCCUCGUUGGGAAGAAUGGAGCGAGUCGAGACGGCAGCGGCCACUACGACGCCGUGCAGGGCAACACAGCAUAUCAAGGAGCUGGUGGCAGCACGUAUGACCUCGGCACAACUCCCGCUGAAAAGUCUGCCUGGCUGGAGAAACAGGGCGCCAGCUCGAAGAAGUGGAAAUGGUUAAUCGCAGGCGGUGUUCUCCUCCUGAUCGCCGCUGGUAUUGCGUUAGGAGUGUAUUUCGGAAUCGUCAAGAAUAAGGGAUCCGGCGCUUCAACUGGCCAAUCGGCAGCGGAUGACACUGCAGACAAUGGGGACCUCGACAUCAACAGCUCCGAGAUCAAGAAGCUCUUGAACAACAAGAACCUACACAAGGUUUUCCCCGGGAUCGAUUAUACACCGCUCAACACGCAAUACCCCGACUGCCUACACAAUCCCCCCUCGCAGAACAACAUCACCCGCGACGUGGCCGUGCUGUCCCAGCUGACCAACACCAUACGACUCUACGGAACAGAUUGCAACCAGACACAGAUGCUCAUCCAUGCCGUUGACCAGCUACAGCUGAAGGACACAAUAAAGAUCUGGCUGGGCGUCUGGCAAGAUGGCAACUCGACCACGAACGAGCGGCAGCUGAGUCAAAUGUGGGACAUUCUGGACGAGUAUGGGGACAGCCCGUUCAAGGGACUGAUCGUCGCCAACGAAAUUCUGUUCCGCGAACAGAUGACGGCCACAGAGCUGGGGUCGCUGCUCUCGGAGGUACGCACCAACCUCACCAGCAGAAACCUGAACCUGCCCGUAGCGACAUCCGACCUAGGCGACGACUGGACGUCGGAGCUCGCAUCGAUGAGCGACUACAUCAUGUCCAACAUCCACCCCUUCUUCGCGGGCGUCAACGCCAAGGACGCGGCGUCGUGGACGUGGUCGUUCUGGUCGAACCAGAACGGCGGCUUCUGGAAGUCCGACAUCAGCAAGAACAUCAUCGCCGAGACGGGCUGGCCGUCGCAGGGCGGCACCGACUGCGGCACCAGCACGGUCACCGACUGCCCGGAUGCCUCGGUCGCCGGCAUCGACGAGAUGAACACGUUCAUGGAGGGCUGGGUGUGCCAGGCCCUCACCAACGGCACAAACUACUUCUGGUUCGAGAGCUUCGACGAGCCCUGGAAGAUCAUGUACAACUCGGGCAGCCAGAACUGGGAGGACCACUGGGGCCUGAUGGACGUCAACCGGAACCUCAAGGACGGCGUCAAGAUCCCUGACUGCGGCGGGAAGACGGUCGACUGA